AUGAACUGUUUAUUUUUUCCAAUUGACCCAAGAAAAAAAAUAAAGUGAAACUUCAUUUAAUAAAUCCAUUUUCUCAACAAAUGUGAUAUUUGGUGCCACAAAUCGUCCUUUCUUUCUCAAUCACCGCCUUCGAUUCUUCCCCAAACCCCAAAUCUCGAAUUUACGUGUUCGACUUCCGAUUCACCCCAAAAUUUUGCGGCUUUUCAAACUAUCGAUUGGGUUUUCCAUCUGGGUUUUCAUUAACCCCAACCCGAUUCAUCCGUGGCCGUUCGAUUGGGUUUGAAUUUCCAACUGAUUCAGAGAAUAGCACGCAUCUUGGAUUGCAAAGUUGAUACAUAUAAAUUAAAAUCUUACUGGGUAGGUUUGUGCGUAGUGGGGUUGUUGUGAUUCGGGGGGAAAAUGGAAUCGAGUAGAAGAGCGGUGGAAUCGUACUGGAGGUCGCGGUUGAUCGAUUCAGCUACGUCCGAUGAAGAUAAAGUCACACCCGUUUACAAAUUGGAAGAAAUCUGUGACCUUUUGCGUUCUUCGCAUGUUAGUAUUGUGAAGGAGGUUUCAGAGUUUGUUUUAAAACGUUUAGAGCACAAGAGCCCAAUUGUGAAACAGAAGGCUUUAAGGUUGAUAAAAUAUGCAGUUGGAAAGUCUGGUGUGGAGUUCAGAAGGGAAAUGCAGAGACAUUCAGUGGCAGUUCGUCAAUUGUUUCACUACAAGGGGCAGUUGGAUCCUUUGAAAGGUGAUGCACUAAAUAAGGCUGUUCGAGAUACUGCUCAUGAGGCUAUCUCUGCCAUUUUUUCGGAAGACAACAACAAUAAGCCAGCACCUGCUGAAGAUUUAAACCGGCGGAUACAAGGGUUUGGUAAUACAAAUUAUGAACCACCAUCGGAAGAUAAGAAAUCUUUUCUCAGUGAGGUAGUUGGUAUUGGAAGUGCAUCAAUUAAGCAAGGACUUAAUAGCUUAACGCAGGGACAUUCGCUAAUGAAGAAUGAUCCUGGAAGCUACAAGAGUCCAAAUCUUCGACGGUCAUUGACCUUUGAAAAUGAACAUGGUGACAGAUAUGAACCGGUUGCAUACCAUAAUGAAACUCAGAGUAGUUUUGGAGUUUCAAAGAAUCAAUCGACUGGGCCUUGGAAUCAGGAUUCAAGAGUAAAUAAGAUAGAAACAUCUAAUGGGGAAUCUGGUGCAAGUUAUUCAGAGAGUAAGACAAGGGAGGAUAGGUUGCUGGAGACAAUCGUAACUUCAGGAGGUGUUCGACUGCAACCCACUCGAGAUGCCAUUCAAGUUUUCCUGACAGAGGCUGCAAAGUUGGAUGCGCUGGCUUUAUGUCAUGCCUUUGAACAAAGGCUUCAAUCUCCAAUUUGGCAGGUUCGCAUGAAAGCUGUUUGUGUCCUUGAGUCCAUCAUUAGGAAGAAGGAUGAUGAUAAUUUUUCUCAUGUGGCAUCUUACUUCGCUGAAAAUAAGGAUGUAGUGCUGAGUUGUUCUGAAUCUCCUCAAGCCUCAUUGAGGGAAAAGGCUAUGAAGGUUCUUGGCCUUUUAGGUGAAGACCAACUGAACAGCUCUGCAAUUAAUGCAGAGAAGGCUGUGAAUACAGAUAGUGCUACUGUUGCUGAGCUGCCUGACUUAAUAGACACUGGUGAUUCAAAUGACUAUCACAGAACAGACGACACUUCAAAGAGCACAACUGAUCAAAAUAUAGCCAAUUUGACAUCAUCUGCUCCUCUGGUUGAUGAUUUAUUUGGAGAUUUUAGCGGCUCUAUUGGAGGUAGUCAUGAAUUGAAAAAUGAUGAUGAUCCCUUUGCUGAUGUAUCAUUCCAUACAGACGAGAACAAAGAACAAGCAGAUGAUCUCUUUUCUGGGAUGACUAUUGGUGGUGAUAAACAGGGCGAUCAUGAGAGUCAUGGGCUGGGAAAUAGAAGUGAUCCUCAACUUUUUGACAUUUUUGCUUCCAACUCUGAACAAGGAAACCAUAAGGAGUUCGUUAGUGAUUUAAUGGCUGGUUUGUCAAUGGAUGAAAAUACCUCAAGUAUUAAGCAGAAGGGAACAUCUCCUUCCGUGCAAGCUGAAUCUUUAUUUUCAGGUUUAAAUAAUCAUAUCCCUGACAAUACUUCAGGUAGCAUGUUAGGCUCUCAGCCAGUCGGAUUCAAUGUAAAUCCCAUGUUUCCUACUGGUCCUCUGCCUUAUAAUAUGCAGCCUGGUUUCAUGUUGAACCAACCUUAUCCUUCUCAGUCUCUUAAUUAUGGCGCCAUGGGUACUCUCUUGGCUCAGCAACAAUUCUUAGCAACAAUGGCUAAUUUCCAACACCUUAGUAAUGUCAACAUGCAAAAUGAUGGUAUUACUCAAAUGGCUGGACCCAAUGGAAGAACACCGUUGCCAGACAUAUUUCAGCCAAAUUUUCAAACUCAAACUCCAAGCUCAAUGAUCAACACUUCAAAGAAAGAAGAAACUAAAGCUUUUGAUUUUAUCUCGGACCAUAUUGCCUCUUCUCGUGAUUCAAGGCGAGUGAUUUGAAAUUUCGAUCUGGUGCUUCUGUGGAAGAUAUUUACGAUGUUGUAGUGCUGCUGUUUUGACAUGAAUAGAUCAAACGGUUUAUAGUUUGCUUUACUGUGCAAAAAGUUGAUUUCUCUUACCAUGAUGGAGCAUUAUAGAUGAUAUUCUUCAUGUCCAAGUUGACAACAAAAUAAUAAAAUGGAAAACAUUUUGGACAUGGAAGAAGUUCAAAAUGGUUACCACUUCAUAUUUUAAUUAGAAUUUAGCAUGAGAAUGUUGUGUAGCACUGUACUGUUUUAUUUUCAUGAGCAUGUCGUGUAUGUAGUCAAUGGUUGAGAUUUUGCUACUGUAAUUCAGGCGCCAAGUAAAAUACAACUCUCAGAUUUUUCAAAUUUCUUUAUUCAUAUUUAUCGGUAUCCAUUAUGUGUGAUCCGGCGAAAUGGUCUAUAGGUUACAUGAAAACUUUGCUGUAGCUGCUGCACGAUUUCUUUAUUAAUAUUUAUCGGUAUCCAUUAU